GUUCAAUUUACAACUACAGUAAAAAUUAAGCGCAAUAAAAAGAGUAAUGAGCUAUAUUACAUGAUCAUAGCAAAUGCGAAUUUAGAGGCACGUGUGCGUCAUGCUGUUUUGUGUUUAAUUGUUGCAACAAAACAGUUUCAAUUUACGUAUUAUAAAGGAAAGACGCGGUAGUAUUCUUUUAGACACGUGCCUAAAGUAAAGAGAGACAAAUGGAAAACGGAAAAGAGGAAGUUCAACCUGAGAGCGUGAAUGAUGUUGCAGCCGAUGAGGUUAAAUGCGAGAAGCCGGGUCCUAAGCUCGAAGAAAACUCUAAAGAAGAUGGAAAAGUCGAUGAGCCGUCUAGUGAGCUCUUGGAAAAAAUAAAAAAUCAAAUUGAGUUCUAUUUUGGAGAUGUUAACAUGCAGAGGGAUAAGUUUCUCAUUGAACAGACAAAAUUGGAUAAUGGAUGGGUACCAAUGUCUAUUAUGUUGAAUUUUAAGAUGUUGGCUUCUAUGAGCAAGGAUAGUGAUGUAAUAUUAAAAGCUUUAGUGUCGAGUGAUCUGAUAGAGGUAUCAGAGGACAAGAAGAAGAUUCGUCGUUCAGUAGAACAUCCCUUGCCAGUUUAUAAUGAUGAAUAUAGAAAGGCACAGGAAGCCAGAACAACUUAUGUAAAAGGAUUCCCUCUGAAUGACACAAAUAUUGAAAAACUCAAAACCUUCUUCAAUGAUUUUGAACCAUAUGAGAAUAUUAUUAUGAGGAAGUAUAGCGAUAAGGACAAAAAGUUGCAGUUUAAAGGAUCUAUCUUUGUGCAAUUCAAGACUUUGGAAGAUGCAAAAGCUUUUAUAGCUAGGGAAUCUGUAAAAUAUGGAGACACUGAGUUGAUUAGAAAGUGGUCAGCCGAUUAUAGCGUAGAAAAAGCAAAGGAAAAAGAAGAGAGGAAACAGAAAAGAUCUGAGACAAAAGCUAAGAAAAAUAACACUGGCAAAGAAAAGGACGAUGAUGAGAGUGGAGAAGAAAACGAAAACGAAAAAGAGUCGUCAGCCUUACCUAAAGGCUGUGUGAUUCACUUUUCUGAUGUACCUGAAAAAUGUACAAGAGAAGAUAUCAAGGAACGUUUAAGUGAACUCCAAGCUAGUAUUGCAUUCGUUGAUUUUAAGAUGGGUGAUAAGGAAGGCUGGGUUCGUUUACAAGGAGAGAAUUCCGCGAAGACUGUAGUUGAUAAAAUGAAGGACAGCAAAGUAUUAAUUCAUGACAAAGAAGUAACGUGCCGAAUUCUCGAAGGCGAGGAAGAGGAGAAGUACCUCGCUAAAGCGAAAGAAGAUAUGGCAAAUACAAGGCAAAGGUAUAAUAAAGGAAAACGCGGAGGUAAAAAAGGUCGCAAUGCACAGCGGGGGCAAAGAAAGAGACGUAGCAGCGAUACCAACGAUGGAACUCCAGCUAAGAAAACAGCGGUUGAAUGAAACAAAGAAUCUAAUUAAUGAUAUCGAUAAGCCAAACAAAUUCCAUACUUUCUCUGCUAUGUAUAUUAUUCCUAUUUUUAUUAUAUGGACACCCACCCACAAGAUAAAUGUAUAGAAUGUAAAAGAUAGACGUUACACUGUUACAAAUUAAAAGUAGGCAUCUACUUUACGUGCAUAUUUUUCGUUACAAUUGAACAGUGUGUAUAUUAUUUAAAUGAUAAAAACACGACACUGUUUAUAUUUGUAA